AAUGGCAGCUAUUGCACUUGCACGUUAUCCUGGGAACAGUAACAACUCUCAGUUUGUGACACUUUUGCAUCCCCAAGGUGACAGUUUUCAACCUGCUUUAAUUAUAUGCAAGUCUGCCCUCCAAGGAAAACUGAAGGGAGCCCAGUGCUCUGAACCUGUAAAAUCUAGGGUUCCCAGAAUAAUUAUGACUUAUAUGAAAAAACUAAGAUUUUCUAGUCACCUGUUAGUGAAAAUCUAGGACACAGCCGUGAUACGCUUAGGCACUGAAACCUUUUUUUAUGGUGGGUCUGCAAGUCCAUGUAGAAAAAGGCAGAAAUUAAACCCUGGAGUGGUUUCUUGGCUCGAUUUCUGCCGUCUCCCGGGUCCGGUCUUUGAUACUCCCCGAUUAGAGACUGCUGGACGCGUGAUCCGUUGACCUUGUCUGUGACGCAAUUGGAAAAUUGAUAAUUUACCCAUCUCCGAUGUCACUGGAAGUGAAACUGGUUUCCAGUUUUCUUGUUUAUUUGGCUCAAAAUUGCAUCAAGCACUCCCGUACCCACCCAAAUGACUUUCGAAAUACUUUUUCGGUACAUUUCUGUACACUGUGACAUGCAGUUAACUUUCUUUGAUCUUCGAAUGGAUGGAAAAAAAGGCCAAAACAACGAUGCUCUGAAAAAAUUAAGUGGAAAAGUUUGUGAUUUACCAGAUGGAAUUUCCAGCGUAUUGAAUGUUCCUCUGUCAAAUAUAAACUUGGGCGGUUACAUCUGUAACAAAAGCAGUUUUCGAGACCUAAAGCACCUUGAAAAGAUCCUUGAAGAUGCAAAAUCUCUCCAACAACAGUCAUUGAAAGAAGAGUUCACAACAAACUACAGAACAAAACGUUGUGUUCCUUCAGACUCUAGAAUUUCGCCUAGUCUCUGCGCCGUUAAAAUCGCUACACCAUACGAUGAAUCAAGGAAUUACUUUUUGUUUUGAUGUGAUAAUUUCUGUGGCAAUCUCUGCCAGAUGAAAAUCUGCAGGCGGUAGCGUGAUUGGUUUAAAUCAACAAAGGAAAUUGCACGCCUCCAACCGCUCUUUCGGGGGGGAUGACUGCAGGCUCAUUUUCCCGAACAGUGGCUGGUAAUCGAGCCUAAGUGCUUUCUGUAGCACUUCCCAACUGAAGUUCUUUAAGUCUGGGUACUGCUAUCCACAAUUCACUGGAUUUGUUUUGUAAUAUUCUGGAUGGUUAAAUAUAUGUUGCAGUUAAUUUUUUAUUUCAGUUAAUUUUUAUAUUUUUUCUUUGUUUCAAAUUCAUUAGCAUUCAUUAUCAUACCCAAAAACAAUGGAAAAAUCAAAAUUAACUGAGAUAAAAGAAUAACUACAACAUAUACAUCCAUUUGAUCAUAUACAUAUGUAUACAUAUAAGAACUUGCACAUUAUAAGUAAUAAAAUUAUGAUUAUCAUUAUAUUUUUUGCAGUUUAAGUUAUUAAUUAUGUUAUUAAUAAUUAUGUGAUUCUGUUUAUGAUAAACAUAGUAAAUUUUCUUACUCUAUUUGUAGUUAUUAACUUAACUUAUAAUUUUUGUUUUUAGGAAAAUUCAGUGCUGAUGAGCUUGAUGAUCUUGAAACUGAAUUUAACCACCACAGAGAGAAGCUGAAAGAAUACAAACAUCUUUUAAACAUUUUAGAGGACCAGGGCAGUCUCUCUGAAAACUCUGUUUACUCUCAGGGGAUAAUGAAAGACGAUGAUGUUGAAAACUUACAUGUCAAACUUCAAGACACUCAUGAAACACUGACUAAAAACUUUGCCAGGUUGAAGGAGAAAGUGACAGGGGAGAAAGAGGAGAAGUUGUUCCGAGAUCCUCGUGUAAAUGAACUAUGGGAAAGAGCUAAGGAUGGCGGGAUUAGUGAAGAUGAACUGGAAUCUUUUAAGGUAAAGUGAUUCUUCAUUGAAAUUGGAUAAUUGGAUAUCAUUGUGGUCUUAUACAUGUUCAAUUACUGUAGUAUGAAUAAAGCUUCAUACUAUUCUGAAUCUACAUGUACUGAAUUCCUUGUUCUGAGUAUGACUAAGACCACACUGCUGGUUUUAUGCAUUACAGAUUUAAAAAAAAGAUGUCAUGGGCUUGGCACGGGGCAAACUGACCGUUUGUGAACGUGACUUUUGUCUUGCUGCUUAACAUCUCAAAGAACUUUUAAAAAAGAACUUACAAUCGUGCCCUUUUCCUGAUUACUCUUCUCGAAGGUAAAACAUACUUCACCAUCUAAAUAUUUCCACUUUAUCGCAAAAUCGCCCCAUAAUGCAGUGCAAAAAGAACUGUGCUCCAUAAAAGACCAUCUCUGAAAUGUCUGAGUGUUGCGGAGAAAAGGCUUAGAGGUCAGUUAAGUCUAAAAUUGUUCUUGUCUGGGCUGAAAAUACAAAAAUACCUUUUAAAAUGUAACAAUAAUUACGUCAAUAAGAUUAUGAACUAUUAAAAGGGGCUGUGUCACGGCAGUCCAGUUCAUUUUGUUUAAUUUUGCCAAUUACUUGCCCUCAAUUGCUAUGGAACUUAAAGUACAUGUAAGCAAAGAAAUUAGAUGUAAAUGAGAAAAUCAGAGACUCAAGACAAACAAAUAUGUCUCCUGAGCAAUUUUUUUUUGAGGUUGCAUGCAGCAGAGAUACACUUUGAAAAACUGUUAGGCUGGACAGUUUUCAAAACGCUAAUUUCAAUCCGUUUCAAUCUUCUUCAGUUUUGCCCAUCCAUGGCAUCUGUUGUAUCUGUUGUGUUAUUUUAACCUUCCUUUAAUGUUUUAAGCGGUUAUUUUUAUGUUUCUCUUAGUUAAUUAACGGGCAUUUUGUAAUUACCUAAUUUGGCUGAAUUUCGUCACACAGCUCCUUUAAAAGAGAACCAAUUUGUGUGGCUGAUAUUGGUAUCAAAUCAUGAUGAAAUUAGGGUUGUCAAUUUUUUGCCCGGGUGUCAAACCCAGUUGCCCUGCGACCAUGCACUUUUUGGGCCGGAUGGUUAAUAAUUUUCCAUUGCUUUUAAGAUGAAUCCACCAAGACAUUGAGUAAAUUUGAUUUUCAGUGGACAAAAAUCUUGUACCAGAAUAAUUUAAAGCAUAUUACAUUCUUUCUUACAUUUUUCAAGGGCUAAAGUUGUAAUAAAUCAUCUGUAGUAACACCAAAAAAAAAUUUCUUGUGGGAGCCCGAGAAAAUGAAUGUCAAAUUUCACAAAGUUACAUCUUAUACGUGAAAUUUUCAGAAUUUUACCUGUGUAAUCACAAUUCUUGUGAAAUUUUGGUGGUUUAUUACAUGAUGAUUUAUUACUGUAAGAGCAAAGCUCUUAUGCUGGAUUUAGUGGCAUUGCUGCCUGUAACCUGUAUGUUUUAGACUACAGUGUUCUUAUUUCAUGUACAGUAUUGUGUGGUUCCAGAAAAUAUCCAUACGCCCACCAUGGAAGACUCUUUGAUUUGCACCCCCCCCACCCCCCAGGAUUUUCUAUUCCAGGGGGUCUUUGAUGACCCCCCCUUCCCCAGGAAUUUCCAGAAUUUUUAAACAGGUUUUCGCUUACCAUCCUUUGGAAAUUCAGAGUGGUUUUGGUACUUAGAAACAAUGAAACAGAAUACCAACUCAGUUACGAAAAUACGGUAGAAUUUUAUUACAACAGUGUAGUGUAAAUGUUUGUCAAGCUUAUUAUUCAGCCAAACUUUUUGGAAAUUAGCACAACGGAACCUAUGGAGUAGUAAUUAUUAUUAUACAUGUAUGUUUACUAGCAGAUAACUGACUAAUUUCUAGUUUACACACACAGUGCAUUAUUUCCAAGAGUAAUGUCAAACUUUGUUCCAUGCAACAGUAUGAAUGUCAUUAUUUUCUCCAAUACAAUGUAUAUAAUAUGGGUUCACUUGACAUCUCAAUGUUGAAUAAUCAAGGUCUUGGUAAGUACAUGUAUUAUCAGCCUCGGACAUUUACCCUUAAUUACCACCACCCUGAUUAUUCCAGAUGUCACAAAAACUUUGUCCAAUAAUUAUUUAUUGUAGUGCUUAGAAAUCUGAAUUUUAUUAUCUACUCAGAAUGAACUGCAUCACUUUGAUCACAAGAUACUGAAACACAAGCAUUUUGAAGAGGAAGCCAGGGAUUCUAAACGUCUUUUGAAGGAUGGACAUCAGCAUCUUCAAGACAAACAUGACUCACUAGUAAAAAAGGCCAAGGAGCAUGGCCGAUGGGUAAGGACUUUUCUUAUGGCUAAUUAAUUAUUUUAUUGCUCUUGAACAGGGUGCAGGUACAUGUAGCCUCUUAGCAAAAAUUAUAGUGAGUUUUAGUAACAACUAUGGUAAUAACAAGGAAAACGGCAAAAAAGCAACAGGUUUAGUUUGGCCAAACAACUCUGCAUAUGCAUCAUGCCUUUUGUAAUUUCUUUGUUGUUGUUGCAAUGCUUCAAUGUGAAACUUCCUAAUUUCACAUUUUGUGGAGGGUGUGAACAAAAGAAAACUUAAUUUUUUAUUUCUGAACUAAGAUAAAGUCCUUUAGAAUUUAAAUUCAGAAAAAUUUGCCAACAUUUGAUAACUAAAGGAGAUAGAAUAAGAGCAAAAGAGUUUGAAGAAGCAUGAAUUCACUUUUUUGUGACAUUUUUGCUGCCAUUGCCAUUGUAUAUGUUAAUGCUGAAACUCCAUAAUAUUUAUACUCCAAGGAGGUAAGGUAGUAUUUCUUGAUGUUGUUUGGUGGAGGCUCAAAACAUUUAGCUCAUCACUACUUUCUCCAAUCAGCUUCUAAGAACAUUCUUGAAAUUAAUCCUUUACAUGUAUGUUUAUCAUUUUCCAAUUUGAUUGCAUUAAAUUUUACUAACUUGGUUUCCUUUUUGUAUUCAGGUAAAGAAAAUGCAUUCAACCUUAAUGGACAAAGUAACCACCAAGACUGAGCUGUAGUUUGUAAAAAUGUAUUGUUCAUAAUGCAGUUAUUGCACACUUGCAGAGUAGCAAAGUGAAUAUUACAGUGAUAUGACAAGUAUGCAGUUGAAGAAGGCAGUUAUUUUCUUCAAUGCACAUGUAGCAGUUAAGCCUACACUGUACUUAAAAAGUGCCAUUGACCCUAAAAAUUUCUUGUAAUUUUACCUGUACAUGUAUGAGCUACAUGUACAUUUGUAUUGUUUUUAUUUCAUUUUAUGUGGCUGGUCCCACAAGCCAGCAAGAUGAAGCGAAUCCUCUGUUUUAAUUGGAUACCCAAGCAGGCAUGAUAAGUCCAUCUUGUUCACUUAGGAUUUCUUACUUUGGUCCCACAAGUAAAAGUUCUCUUUUUUGCAAUAUGAUAAAUCGACUAUUGACCAGGCCCCCAAUUGCUCAAAAGGUGGAUAACACUAUCCGCUGGAUAACGCAAUUAGUUUUCGUAAUCCUUAUCCACUCGAUAGCGAUUAAUCCGGUGGAUAGCUCUAUUCAACAUGGCUGGAUACUGGCCUAGUAUCAAAAACAAGGCACAGAAAAGAGAUGUCACCUUUUAUAGGCCUUUGUCUCUUCCUGGUUCUCUUUUACAAAAUAGAGUUUUAAUAGUGCAGCUAGUGAAGUACUCUUCUAGUGCUUGGUGGAUAUAAAUGAUUGUAAGCCAAGUUGGCACUAUGUGCGUCGUGGCUGUUUAUCAUCUUAGAUCCAAUACACGCUCAUGGGAUCAAGAAGAUAGUCAAUUCAAUGUUUGUGAGAUGUAUUGAGUACAAGAAUGCCUUAAAAACCAGUCCCCAGUUGUUCAAACAUUGGAUUACGGUAUCUGCCAGAUAAAUCACUAUCCAGCAGAUAAGUAUUAGGGAAACCAAUUGCGUUAUCCCGUGGAUAGACGUAUAUCGAGUGGAUAGUGUUAUCCAACAGUUGAACAACCAGGGCCGGUGGAAUAUACUGUAGAUAGACUGCUUGCAUUCCAUCGUUUCUCUUAAAUCCGUCAAGCUUUUGGCUUCAUCACAGGGGGUGGAGGGGACAAAAUAAUAAUUAUUGUAUUUUCUAAAGUGGGGAGUUGAUAUGGUUAUGCACAUCAUCAGUUCCCUUAAUAAAACUUCAUUGACCAACAGUCAUUGGCCUCUAGUCACAUGGCCACAGGCACAGAAUUAGAUGUAGUGUCUUAUUGAAACGUUAAGCAGUUUUCUUUUACACCAGCAGUAGAUCAUUGUUAAGGGUGUACAUCUAAGAGAUGUAUUUAAAAUAGCUAUUUAUAUGUUACAUUUUGUACUGUAUGCAUUUUUUUAAAUCAAUGAUAGGUAGCUUUUUAAGAAUUGUAAUUGCUCUUUCUACAU